CUCUCCUUAUUUCAGGUACAAAUCAAGCACCAAUACUGUCUCCAUCCAGUCGCCAAUCUCUCUCUCUAAAACAACCAUCCGGCCAGUUUGGGUUCUUGCCCACAACAAGAGGGAGGGUAGGCAAUGGUCUGAUGUAUGGCCCCAUUUUACUAAGAUUCGGAAACCCAAUGGUGAGGAGAGAGCUAGAUGCAAUUAUUGUAAGAAUGACUAUGCAUGGAGUUCCCACGGGCAUGGAACAAGUGGUUUGAGAAGGCAUAAUGAAAGAUGCAAACUUUUUCCUAGGGAUCUCCAAACCAAAAAACUCGAUGCUGAAGCCAAAUUAGUAAGUGGCAAGUAUGAUCAUGAUGUGUUCAAGCAGCUGGUAACCAAAACUGUAAUCCAGCAUGACCUACCUUACUCAUACGUUGAGUAUGAGAAAGUCAGAGAAACUUGGAGGUACUUGAAUGCUGAUGUCAAAUUUAUGUGCCGAAACACAGUUAAAAAAGAGGUCUAUCGUUUUUAUGAAAACGAGAGAGAGACAUUGAAGAGGGAGUUGGCUAGUCUUCCUGGAAGAGUAAGCUUCACUUCUGAUUUGUGGUCAUCAUUGAAACGGGAGGGUUAUAUGUGUGUGACAGCACAUUACAUUGACCGGAAUUGGAAGCUGAACGGGAGGGUUAUAUGUCUGGAAGAGUAGUCUAUCAGGUAUGGCAGAUCCAUAAUUGGCUCCAGAUAAAUGAGGAAAGCGAUGAUGAGAUUGUCCGAAAUAUGGUGAUACCGAUGAAAGAGAAGUUCGAUAAGUAUUGGGAAGAAGUUAGUGAUCUUUUUGCAAUAACAGCUGUCUUUGAUCCACGCCUGAAGCUUCCAGUUGUAGAAUAUUGUUUAGGGAGGCUUGACAUGAGUACACGUGAUGAAAAAAUGAAGAACUUGCAUCUGAAGCUGAAAACUUUGUUUGAAUCAUAUGACAAAAAAUCAAAGUCAACUUCUUGUUCUACAGAGCCUCGUGUGAUGGAUCAACAAAAUGUUCGUGGAGGACCGAAGGGAACGUUUGCGAACUAUGGUGAUUUUUUUGCGUUUCGCAAAACCAGUGUUGCUGCGAGUGGAAAGACAGCUCUCCAAGCUUAUUUGGAUGAACCUGCGUUAGAUAUGGAUAGCUUUGAAAGCUUGGAUAUUCUCCAGUGGUGGAAAGACAAUACUCAUAGGUUUGGCGAUUUUCCAGCAAUGGCUUGUGAUUUGCUUAGCAUUCCGAUCACAACAGUGGCUUCAGAAUCCUCAUUUAGCAUCGGUUCGAGAGUUCUGAACAAAUACAGGAGCCGUCUACUUCCUAAAAAUGUGCAAGCUCUGAUAUGUAGUAGGAAUUGGCUAAAAGGAUUUGAAGCUUAUGACCAUGGUAAAUUAUUCACAUUACAUAUAUUUUAGGGUACCAUGUUCUUUAAACCAAACUAACUUUGAUUUUUUUUUCAGAAGAGGAAAUAGGUGGUGAAGAAGUGACAGUACCAUCGUCCGAAUCCAUUUCUGAUGAUGAAGCUGAAGAAGAAGAAACUUGAUUUUUAUUUUGAUCUAGUGUUUUUAUUUUAUUUACAUUAUGGAUUUCGUGGCGCUCUUUUUCCCUUGUCGGAUUUUGUCCCAAUGGGUUUUUCCGAUAAGGUUUUUACCGAGGCCACAUUACAUUACUUGGAUUUUGUUUUGGUGUUCAUUUAUAUUACUUGGAUUUGAUGACUUA